UUCUCAUCUUCAAACAGAGAAGCUCAAACACAGAAGGAGAGAUGAGUUAUCAAGUAUCUUUCACGAUCAUCGUCGCUGUUCUGAUCUUCACUGCCACAACAGAUGCAAGAAAAGACCCAGGUGAGUACUGGGUAAGCAUCAUGAAAGAAGAGCCCAUGCCAGAAGCAAUUGAAGGCCUCCUCCAUGUGAGCAACUCUGCAUCAGAUCAGCCUCAUCUCACUUCUCUCCCCAAGAAGAAGGACGCCGACUGCCACGGAGACAACAAACUAGAGGACGAUAAACAAUUUGCUGGUGAUUUUGAGCCAAGGCCCAACAUCUCAGCUUAUGGGGACGACGCCAAGCUCCAAGAGAAGAAGUUCGCAGAGGAUUUCGAGCCGAGGCCCAACAUCUCAGCUUAUGGGGAUGACACAAGGCUCAAAGAGAAGAAGUUCGUGGAAGAUUUCGAGCCGAGAUCCAACAUAUCGGCUUAUGGUCAGGACUAACAGUGAAGAGAGACAACAAUGAGGCGUCGCUGCUUUAUGUGACGUAUUAAAAUUUAUGUGCAGUAAUGUGAAUGUGUGUGUCGACAAAGCCGGAAAGAACUGACUUACGGCAAUGGCGAUUGUAUGGUGUGUGGCGUGUUCUGGUUCUGUCAUCAUCUUGCGAAUCCUUCUAGUGGGCUCUAUGGUACAAGCUGAGUUCUAUGAAGAAAAUAACGUGAUUUUAAGA